UUGAGUGAGAAGCAAUGCAGAAGUCCACAAAAGCAUUACCCAAGUGACUUCUUCUGAAGAACUUCUGAAGAAAUUUUCCACAUCCUCUGCCAUACUUCUCAGAAAAACCAGAACAGAUGCAAAUGUCAUUUGGUGUCUGUUGACUAAACUAAAGGUAAAUGGUUUGUCCUUUAGCUGUCUGGAUCCCUCACUGAUCCUCAACAAGAAGCAGAAAUUAAAUUUUAAAAAAAGAUUCAACUCCACAGAACAUGACAACCAACUUUUCUGGAAUAAUGGACUCUAAAAUGGGAAACCUGACCUUCAAUUAUACGGAACACCAUAACACUGAGGCUAUCCACUCGAAGAGCAAAUUUUAUCUGCCUGGAUUUCUUGGGACCAUAAUCUAUUCUUUAAUCAUUUUAAUCUGUAUUCCAGGGAUUAUUGGAAAUGGAGCUGUCAUCCAAGUUUUGCGUUGCCGGAUGAGAAGGAAUUCUUUCACCGUGUACAUUCUUAAUUUGGCUGUGGCGGACAGUGGGACUCUCCUAUUCCUAUUUAUCUCUGCAAUUCUGCACAUGACGAUCGGAGAUUCUCUGAUAGAAAUCAUAGAAGGUUUAGUAUUCAAUUAUUGCACUGGUCAACUUCUUCUGACUAUCAUUAGCAUCGACCGAUGUUUGGCUCUUUUCUUCCCAAUUUGGUAUCGAUGUCAUCAGCCCCCAUACUUGUCCACCAUCGUCUGUGUCGUUACUUGGAUAGUCUCCAUCCUCUUCUGUGGAAUUCAUUACACUCUGAUUUUGGUUAAGCGCCGUCGAAACUUCAGCCUAUUCUAUCACCUGUUCAUAUAUAUCGCAGUUUGCAUCCCACUCAUGGUGGUCUCCACUCUGGCCCUCCUCUUCAAAGGCUAUGUUAAAUCACAGAUGGAGAAACGAAGAAAGCUCCUCACAGCCAUUUUGCUUUCCCUGUUUUUCUUCCUCAUCUUUUCUUUCCCACCAAUUGCCAUUUAUGCCCUCAAUGUUAUUUCCAGCAACAAAUAUUUCAAUUUACAUACAUUUGGCUACUUAUUUGCCUGUCUAAACAGCAGUGUUAAUCCGUUGAUCUAUUUUCUGCUGGGGAGAAGGAAGGAACAUCGUUCUAUGUACAACCUAAAAAUAAAUCUCCAAACGCUUUUCAAGGAGGAAGAAGAGAGUGAAGAGAAAACAGAGGUCCCGGUUGAUAUCUAGAUAUGAUGUACACACAAGAGUGGGGGGAAAAAAUCUAUAUUUUUAUAGCUC